GAUACUCCACACGUUUGAGAAAGUUAAGGCGUACCGGUGGUACUAUUAAAUAAUAAAUCCCUACAAUGACCGGACACCGCUUUUCCGACUGGGAGGUGCAACAAGUCUUUAGGGUUCACGGUUCAUAGGAAAGCUCGACUGAGGCACGAGCCACCAUAAUUUUCCUCAACCUGUUCUCAUCCAUCUUUAAAUCUCGACAAACCUUCCCAACACAACACUCUCGAUUGUAUUGCGCACCAAAUAUUGGAAAAACCCAAACAACCAUGACACUCCUCGAUCGCCCCUCUGCCGUGACGGCGGAGAUGCGAACGCUAUCGUGUGCCAUUCACCCAGAUGCGACGCUUCAUUUGCAAUUGGCCGGAUUCCACCUGACCAAUGUCGCGACGGGUUGGGUAAAAGCACGCGUCUCGAGUCCGGCCUUUUCCGUCUGUGCGUACCGACGAUCCCUCGAUCAAUGGGAGCCCGUGGCGACAUCCCAGUCGAUUCCGGCGGAAUUGAAUCCAGUGUGGCCCUUGGUCAAAGUGAGAUGCCAAGAUUCCUGCCACUCCGACAUGGAACGACCCAUUCGCAUUCAAGUCUUUGAUCAGGGACAAAUUGAUGAAACAAAAGUGCCCAUGGGACAUUUUGAUACCACCGUCAAGGAAUUGUUGAAUCGAUCGUCGGGAGGUUUUUUGGAUCCCAAUGCUUUUCGAUUUUCUCUCAUGCAAGAUCAACAGCAAGUGGGAUCCGUCUCCGUUGUUUUGGCUGUCAAUGAAAUUGAACCCCUAGAAACACAACCAACACAACAACCAGAGCCAAGAUUGGAAGCUGUGAUGGAGGAAGCUAUUCUUGCUACCAAUGCGGAUGCACCACCAGAAGCGCCAACCAAUGGUGUCAUGGGGUGGUUCAAACGGUCUAGUGUGGCGGCAGCCGAAGAAGCAAACCCCAAAGAGGACCAAAAAACACAAAACAAUAAUUCACCAUCACGACAAUCCGCCUCCUCGAAACAACAACAACAACAGAACCACAACAAAAAAGAAGUGACACGCACUUCCCCAGCUAGAUCCAGUGCUUCCAAACGAAAAGAGACCCGCCAAAAAGACAAACAAUUAUUACGUCUCAUUCUGCGCGGCGAAAACCUGGAAGAAAUGCCCGUGGGAAUUGGACAAGACGUGGCCGUCAAUCGCUUUUGUCGCAUUGCCAAAUUACAACCCGGACAACAAGAUGAUGGGAGUUUGUUUCGCGAUAUUUUCCAAUCCAAAGUAGUGCCCCACAACCAAAACCCCACGUGGGAAGAGUGGACGUUGUCGCUGGACGAACUCUGUGGUGGCGAUUUGGACAUGCCAAUUAACUUUUCCUUGUGGGAAGAGCAAGAUCGGCCCGUACAAAUGGGGUCUAGUCAAGCUACCGUCAGGGAACUUCUCCACAAUAAACGACAACGACAACCCAUGACACUCACGAAACAUUCCAAGAGCCGAACCUUUGGAACAUUGCAUGUUGUGCAAGCCGAAAUUAUCGACAAGAAGGCUCCCGUAGUAGUCGAGGAGGAGGAAGAAAAAGAAGAGAAACGAGUCAGCAAUGGCAACAACUCACCACCGAUUGUACUAUCCAAAGAACAAGAACUCAAUUGGAUGACGCGAGCACUCAACUUGGCCGCUGGACUCGUGUCCCAAGGCGAAGCCACGGGCACGGAAACACCCCCCAGCGAAGGAGACAAAGACGAAAAGGACGAUGUCGGCAAAGAGGACGCAGUCGAGAAGAAGAACGACGCCAAGCAGGAGGGCGAGGGCCCCAAACAGCAGCCACAGAGACAGCAACAGAGGCAGCAACAAGAAGCCCCCAAACGGCCGGACAAAAAGACAGCGGACGUACAUAGAAUUGUCAAUGUGCUCGAAGCAUUGGAAAACGUGGAAAAAGACGAUGAAGAUGACGAUGAUUCCUCAUCAGAGAGCAGCUCCGACUCGGACGAUGACGAAGAUGACGACGACGACGACAUCACCAUUGCAGAUGUCAUUUCGGUAGCAGAACAAGCCAUGCUUCACCACGGAAACCAGAAACAACAACAAGGGCUUUUGGAGCUCACCCAGCUCUUGACGCCUACGAGAGUGAGCCCCAAGAAAAGAGCCACGGCGGCGGACAUCAUGGCCGGAAUGCCAAAGUGGGAUUUGGAUGGUGAUUCGGUCGCCAGCGGCAAGAGCCGUAGAAGCAAACAACACGAACAACAAUCAGCAACCGGAGGAAAGACCAAGAACAAGGUGUCGGUUGUGGUGGCAAAAGUCGCCCCUCUGAAGGACCAGUGCGAUGUGGCUUGGAGCAUUCAACAGAAAAAAGAUCAAGAGAGAAAAGAUCUAGAAAGAAAGGAUCAAGAGAGAAAAGAUCAAGAGAGAAAAGAUCAAGAGAGAAAAGAUCAAGAUAGAAAAGAUCAAGAAAGAAAGGAUCAAGCGAGAAAGGUUGUAGAGGAUCAAGAGUCCAAUGAUCACUUGGGAAAAGAUCCAGAGAGCACAAGGGUGGAACCAGCCAAGCCAGCCGCAGCAUUAUCCGACAACACCAAAAAGUCCAAGAAGAAGAAAAGAAAGGCGGCCAAGAAGCGUGUGCAAAAGACUUUGCGAAGCAUCCAUAACCUUCUGACGGACAACUUGAAGAGCAACCCAGAGGGUCCAACCCCCGAAGAGGAAGUUAUGAAAGAAAUUGACGAGGCUGAGAAACAGAAGGAUCUUGGCGCUGAACCGUUCGAAUCCAGGACUUUCGACAUGGGGCCAAUUAAUGCGAAAUCGGUGGCUUCGCCCGCAGCGAGCGGGAGUGCCAAACCAACGAGGCGGCGGCCGCCAAAGAAGAGCAAGUCUUCUGAUGGUAUCCCCCUAGUGCCAAGAAACAGGCCAAAGAAGAACCUCUCUUCCGACGGUGUCCUCCAAGGAGCAAGAAAAGAGAAAACGAGGAAAACAAAGCCACGACGGUACAACAGCAGCAUCGAGGACGGCGCCAAACCAAGCAGAUCCCGCAGCGGCGAGCGCGGGAUGGGACCGCGCACAAAGGCCCGAAGAGAGCGGGGGUCACAGAGUCAGGAGCGCACUGCUCUCCACGACCCCAGAAGAUCCGACCGAAAGCACAACCCGCGAGAAGAACGAUCCGGACGAAGUCCUCACAGAUCAGCCGGAAGGGUCGAGCGUAGUCGCACAAGAUCGCGCAGUCAGGACGCAAGCACCAGACGGGCACGUUCUGGUUCUCUGGAAAUGCCCCGCGGGGCUGGAGGAUUUGUGACUGGCCACGACAUCAAAUCAAAUCACGACAGUUUCGAUAAUUUCGGCAGGCUGGGCACUGCAUUGAAGAAACAACGAGAGAUGAAACUCUGGGGGCAAGAACCGCCCGACAAUGACAUGCCUGACGCCAACCCGGAGAUGGGCGAGCGGGCCAAUGCAGAGGCAAUCAAACAAAAGCUGCGUGAUCUUUCCGCUUCGCAAACCAAACCUGAAGAGGUCAACGAUUUCAAACUGGGAAUUUCUCUUGCGGAGAGCGCCAACCCACAACGGGAUAUGGAACUCGAGAAAGCAGCAGACAGGUACGAACCACCGCCCACUGCCCUUGACCACCAACACAAAAUCUGGAGUCCCUUCGAAGAAGGGAGCAGCAGCUUCCCAAUUCCCAACAGGGAAUCCGGAGAGAACAGCACCUUCCCCGUUGACUGGGAAACGGGUGAAGGGAGCAACAGCUUCCCUCCUCCCAACGGGGGAUCCGGACACAACAGCACCUUCCCCGUUGAGUGGGGAACGGGCGAAGUAGAAGCGGGCUUUGAAGCUCAUUUUAUGAAUGAGAGCUUCCCACCGCCUGAAAAUGGAUCCAAAGAUAGUGGCAGUGCAAAAAAAGAUACCAGGAGACGCCGAGCCUCCCUGACAAGCAUAAUGGCAGAUGGCAUGAAAGACGCCAUGAAGGUUGUUGUUGACAGUGGCUCUGUGGUGGGUUCCGCGAUGGUUCAGGGAGGCGCUGUGGUGGGGAGAGGUGUUGUUCAAGGAGGAUCUGCAGUGGGGCGUGGUGUCGCUCAAGGAGGGGCAGCAGUAGUGAAAGCCAGCAAGAAAGCCAGCAAGGACGCCAUAAAAAGGCAACCAGACGGGGGGAAAGAAAACGAAGCAAAUAGUCAAAAGAAGGAGAAAAAGAGCCCGAUUCGACGAUCAAACUCCCUGCCGACGAGCUCUGAUCAAAACGAGUGUGCUGUUUGUGGAUCCACCAGCGCUCCUGAGGGGGCUCGGUUUUGUCCCAAUUGCGGCAGCAGCUUGAUGAACGGCGCGAACAGCAGCCAGACGGGCACAACAAAAAAGACGCCAGCACGACGGCUUUCCCUUGGUGACAAGGACAGCGACGCCAAGGAAACAACGAAACGUCUCCCAAGGCGAACCAACUCCACUGGAGCUGACGCGAAAAAGAAGGACAACAACACAUCAAAAAAAGAGCCACGUGGGUUCCCUAUCCGCCGCCGCCUUUCCCUAGGUGAUAAGACGAAGGACAACGACGCUCCUCGCAAGGAAACAAAGAAGCGUCUACCGAGACGUACCAAUUCAACAGGAGCAGAUGUCAAAACAAAAGACGACGAAACCGCGAGCAAGGAUAAGCAUGCUUUUGCUCCUUUGAAAGCGAUCGGAGGAAACAUGAAGGGCGCCGUGAUGGGUGGCGCCAAGGGCAUGGCUGUAAUGAGUGGCGCAGUUGUGAAAGCGAGCGUCGCGGCUGGAACGUUUGCGGGUGGAGGGGUUGGAAAAGUAGCGAAGGCAGGAGCGAAACUUGGCAAGGGGACAGUGAAUGCCAGCGUGAACACCUCCAAGUUUAUGCGGGACCAUCUGUCAACGGCGACGUUUCACGAGGACGACAGUGACGAGGAUGACUUUGUUCGAAAGGGCUACGCAGAGCUCGAGGAGUAACGGCAUGCUUGGCAUGGUUAGUCUUAGUCUAUUUCAAACUUUCAACACUAUCAUUUUGGCGUUUC